AUAUUACCUACCCUCCGUUACUCGUCGCUUGCGAGCCAGACGCCAUGUUCAGCUCUCCAGCUCCUCGAGCGACUCCGCGUCGUCGAGCCAGAGAGUCCAUGUCUGUCUCUUCACGCGCGACGCCGUCCUUAUAUUCCGAGUCUGAAGCUGGGACAGGCACAUUGAAGCGCAGUAACAGUCUGCGUUAUGGAGGACCGCUGACACCGUCUGUCCGUUCCGCUCGCGUCAAUGCUCUGAGACGAAGAGAGGAGAGUGAAGUCUCAUCUGCUGGAGAGACUAUCCGGACGGCUAGGAUGGACCUUGGGGAUGGUUCAGGAUUAAUUUACGCCAGGGACGAACGGUUGUGUGUCAGCAAUGUGGGAGGACUACCGAGGGAGGCUCAAAAUCACUUUGAACCAGGGAGAACCGUGACUGGCCAUAUCGAUCCUCUGUCUGGCUUUGCGGUCGUUUGCUCGUCAGAGGGAUGCACUGCGUGGAAUUACCAGAGGCAUACAAAUUCCUCCCCAACAUGCUAUAGCUUCCCCGCACCUGCUCCUGCCACCGGCGUUCGACCAUCUAGAUCGCCUGUAUGCGUCGCUUUUUGCCCCGUGUCCAGUGCGACGGAUCCUGGUCUGGUCAUGGUGAAUGCCUCGGGCGAAUUGAGAUAUUGGGAGACGACGAGUCUCGCUUUGGUCAACAUAGAUCGAUGUCAGGUCGCUCACAUGGACCUUUCGGGGCAAGAGCGUGUGGAAAGAGUCUCCCGAAUCGAGGACAACAUAUUUAUCAUCACCACAUCUGCAUCCUCUGCGUUCCGACUCGGCAUCACGAGUCAUUCUGGACGCUCAAACCUUCUUCUGUCACCUCUUACGAGACCAGGGGGAAUGUUUGGUCGCGCUUCACCUCAAAUAUUCCCUAGAUCAGAGGAUCGUGAGGGUAUCGUGUCAAUAGCAAACGUGGACGAUUGCACGUAUCUCUUGGGAAGCGGCGGAACCCUUCAGAAAUGGUCCCUUUCCGCUGAGAGUCAUCGAUUUGUCCAGGACCUCAAUCUCGCCGACUUGGCUAGGACUGCGCUAGCUGAAUACGAAUGGCACGACGAGGCCUAUAGGUUGAGCAUUCUGGAUGUGCAGGCGAAUGGUCCGUCGCAAUUGGCCAUACUCGUCGCGUCGGAAGAGCAGCAGUCUUCGUCCUCUUCGUUCCAUCGUGCGCAGGCUCUGUCGAUUAUCAUUUUCAGCACGGAUCCGCGGAGCCAGUCUCUGAGUCAGAUCAGUGCGGUACCCGUAUCCUAUGUUGCGGAUCAUUCGUCUUCCCAAAGCCAGGCACCACGACUGUAUAUUCCAUUCGGAAGUCAUCUGUCAUUCCUGCAGUUUAAAGAUACAAUCGUCAUAGUCUCUCUCUCUAACAAUGAGCCAUACGAGAAUGUCCUCUCGCUCAAGGACGCUCAACGAAAUGCGUUCAUCGGCGUGGGCAGUAAGGAUUUCCCGGUGGAUCCCGCGCGCAGACCGCUCGGCCCGCCACUGGUCAUAAUGCCCAUCGUUGGCGGUCUGAUGGGUGUAGAGAUCUACGAUGGUCCGGUCGAGAAGCAAUCACGGAUGAGCGUGUCUACCGCGGCUCUCAAGUCCAAGAUCGAGCAGGCAGUUUUCUAUGGCCAUCGAGCGGACAACCCAUUAUCCUUCGAUCUUCCGGCGGAUUUUAGAGGCAAUAUCUCGCAAGCUGCAGAAGCGGUGUCCGAGGAAAUUCUAGAGUCCAGUUCGCCACAUCUGCCACCCUCAUUUGAGCUGAAAGCUCACCUCAUGGAUCGACUUAACAACCACCUCGAACUGAUCGCGUUCAUCCGCGGCAACGGUCAGAUGUCGGAGCUAUCUCAAGCUUCACGCAGACGCUUGUCGCGCGAUGCGGAGAAGGCCAAAGCCGCUAUGGAACUCUGGGAGCAUCAGAACAGAUUGAUGGAACACAUUCACGAUCGUCCGUCACAAUCGUUGCUGGCGGAUACAAUCGCUGCUUUGAUGGAGGAGCUUGGGGUCAUGGGUGAAGGCGAUCUUGUGCGGACCUUCUUCAGAACUCAGGUGGCGCAUUUGGAUCGACUAUUGGAGAUUGUUCUAAUCAAGCUUCGCACUGCUCUGCCAAGCUUGAGCAAUCGUGAGGAUAUGACUGCUAUGGUUCUGGAAGCCAACAGGAUCAUAAUCCUGGUCGUAAGGGUGGCCUCUACUUUCCGCGAAGAUCAGGGCGCAGCAUAUGAGGUGGAUAUGGAUCGACCUGAGAUCUCACUGUGGACAGCAAAAGACAGCUUAAUUGACGGAUUGGACUUCCUGUACACUACAACCGAGCAUCUCAUCAAGGACCGGACACGGACGCUCGGUUCUGUAAUCGACGAAUCGUCGAGUGGAGAUCGCGAUUCCGAGAAUAGACCACAGAGACAGAGACAAGCUCUGUUGAAAGAUCAAUUGACGCAAUUGGCAGCUGCCCUGUGUGCUCAGAUGGAAGACAGGUUGAGACGAGCAAAGAGACAGAUGAGCGAGGGAGCCGAUCCACAAGAGGGCCUGGCAUUACAGAAGCGAUACGAUCUCCUCAAACCCCGUGUCAUUCGCCCGCUUGUUGCAUUUGAUAAAAUUGCUCAAGCAUACGAGCUUGCAGAGCACCAUGCCGACUUCGCAACCCUGGUUUGGCUCUGCCACGAGCCGGCGUCUGCCAGUGGGCCAACGAGGAUACAGGCAUACAUCGAACGACUUGGCGAGGAAUUUGUGUUUGUCCUGUAUCAAUGGUAUAUCGACCAGGGACGCCUAUACGAUCUUCUAAGUCAGGAUCCCGUCUACGGGAACCUCCUGACCAAGUUCUUCGAAAAUGGUGAUCACCCUGAACUCGCCUGGAUGCACCAUGUCGCUUGUGGGAGGUUCGCGGACGCGGCAUCUGAUUUGAUGUAUGUGAACAAGUCCGAAAAGGUCCUGGUUCAAAAGCAUCUCGUCAGCAGUAUCGCCAAACUCGCCUCGGUGAUUGAUAUCAAGAAGAACAGGCCAAGCCAACAGUCUCAAGCUGUACUUUCAGGUAUCGAUCAAGAGCUCGAGCUAGUCCAAGUACAGACAGAGCUCAGGGAAGCAAUUCUCUCAAGUUUACCGGACCGUCGACAUUCAAAGACUGCUAUACAGAAAUACAUCGACGACCGAUUAGCGUCGCUCUCUGAACGCCCGGCUUUCCAGUCCCUUCUUGGUCGGCUGAUUGAGCGAUUGCUUGAAGGAGAAGCACUGGACUUGGAGGAACUAAUCGACGUUUUGACUCUGAACAACGACCCAUCGAGGACCGGGGACGGAGCUUUGGCCUUGGAUCGAUUGUCACGAGACGACAGCUUGCCAGAAAGUCGGAAACAAGUAUGUCUCUUGUCCAUCUGGCGACGGAUAUUUAUCCACGACGAUUGGACGACCAUUUCUCAAACUGCUGGACGGAGUGAAGAGUCACAGCGGAGAAUGCUUCGGAGCACCCUCACGUAUCACACCAUCAAAGCCAUCAACACCAUCGAGGAAUUUCCAUCGGCGUAUAUUCUCGCGCCGUAUACCUGUACUCAAGCCCCGACGCCCAAGGAGGUAUCUGCUCGACUCACAGACUAUCCUCCAAGCGAUAUUGCAGCUCUGUUGUUGGAUCAUGACUCUGAAAUCCAGAUCCUUGAGCGGUAUAUUGAACAGAGUGAUCUUGAGCAGAGGGUGAAAGAGGUGGCAGAGUUGGUCAGGAGAGACGUACAGGACGAGGCUGAUGAUGAUGAUGAUGAUGACGACGCGAUGGCGAUGGAAGUGUAGAUACAUGGGCGAUGAUGCAACCGCUGUAGCGAAAAG